ACGGUCGCAGUCAAAUCUUGGAGUUCGGAGCUCACUUGACUAAGGGCUGAAAAGAAGAAACUCAACCAAGACUGAGCAGCAAACUAAGCGGUGGAAAUUUGCUACCACUUUUAACGGCACAAGGAAAAAAAUAGUCAACCGGGAGUGAGACCAGCCGAGUGGACGGCGAGAAGGAAAUGAGGCGGCGGACUUUGAAGCCACUUUGAGGUCGAGAAGAGGCGAAGAAAAACAUGCUCAGCCAGCCGCUGCUAGCCUCCUUCUUACCGCUCCUUCUCCUCAUUCUUGGCCGAUGUCGGACUUCUCUCUGCCAGUACUCGAGCGACCAGUGCAGCUGGAAGGGCAGCGGCCUGACCCAUGAGGGUCACACGCGGGACGUGGAGCAGGUGUACCUGCGCUGCUCUCAGGGCUCACUGGAGUGGCUGUACCCUACAGGCGCCAUCAUCGUCAACCUGCGCCCUAAUACCAUCUCGCCCGCCGCCGCCCGCCUCUCCGUCUGCGUCAAACCCGCCCCCGAGUCCAGCGGCACCAACGUCUACCUGGACUUGAACGGCCGAUUGCGUUCGCUCCUGCGUGAGCACGACCAGGCGGCGGGCCGGGUGCGCUGUUUCGGCAUCCUGGAGGGGGCGCUCUUCAUUGAGGCUAUCCCGCGCACUGACAUCAGUCGCCGCGUCACUGCCUUCCAGUAUGAGCUCGUCAGUGAUGAGCUCAUGGGGGACCGCUCCCUGCCAGCGGAAGCCUGUCAGCCGUGCAAUGAGGCCGAAGUUCUUUUGGCAGUGUGCACCAAAGACUUUGUGGCGCGCGGCAUCGUCACGUCGGUGCGCGAGGAGACGGAGGAGAAUCGCUCGUCCAUCAACGUAGACAUCAACCGUCUAUACAGACAAAAGACGCAGGUGUUUGUGCCCGGGGGACCGAGAGCACGGCGAUGGUCGGGGAGCAUCACAAUGCCGCGGCAGUGCGCCUUUAAAGUCAGCAACGAUGACAUUCUUUUCACGGGGACGCUACGCUUCGGCGAGGCCCGCAUGGGCUGCGCCACGCGCUACGACGACUUCCUGCACUGGUACAGGCAGGCCCAAAGACUCGGGACCAACCCCUGUCACCUGGACACGGACUAAGUGGGCUUUCAGUAUCCCGGCGCUCCAAUUUGGGGAUUCAUAUGAGACUGACAGUUGGACAGCGGAGGACCGCCUCUGGAUGAAAUGUAGCACACCCCUUUUUCGGUAGGGUUGGGAAUCGCUUGAAUUUGAAUGGUUCCGAUUCCACGUUUCGAUUCCGGUUCGAAAUGAUUCCAAUUCUUUUAAUUGGCAGGGUAAAAAAAAUGCAUACUUUAUAUGAGUUUCUUAACUUCUAGAUUAUUUUUUAAAUUAUAUGAACUUUCAAUUAACUAUGAAUUUCUCACAGGGCUAUUUUUAACUUGUAUAUGGCGGAAAACACAGACAAGGUUGUAAAAGCAGUUUCUGCUCUUGCACCCCUCUUUAAAAUAAACUGCUGUAUUUUAAGCUAAAAUAACUUGUGUUUAACAGAAUAAUAUGUCUAUGUGCUGCCAUAGCAGAUUCAUGGCGCAUUAACCCUCCAAACUUUUUUUAAUUUGUCCGUUUUACCCUGGAGAUCCCCGUUUACAGACACCACGCAACCAUGUUUGUUUCAACCCAGCCAUAAAAUGCAGGAAAUGAAUUAUAUUGUUCAAAAUGUCGGUCAUUUUUAGCUUAGAAUAAUUAAUUAAUGUCUAAUAUUUAGUUUAAAAAACAAACAAACACGACUUUAAAAAAUUAUUCACUGCCAUAUUUUUAACUUUUAAACAAAUUACGUCACAAUGAAAAAAUUGGCGUCCGUAAAUAAGUCACGGAUAUCUACCUCAUAACUAUCGCUUAAUUGUGUUUUUUUUUUUUCGUUACUGUCGCAUUUUUCCCAAUAUUUUAGAUGAUAAAUAAUCGAUCCAGACAAAGAAAAAUUGAAACAAACGUUUAAGAGGGUAGAUAUAUGAAAAUGAACAUCAAGACCACUCCUUGACGUCUGCAAUUUCUGCAUCGAGACCUUUGUUAUAUUACCAUGUUUCACCCAUAAAAUCUCCCAAAAAUCCGGCUGUGGCCAUUCACAGCUGUGUCUUGACACUCAGUGAUACAUGCUACAUGGAGUUUUUGGAUUGAAAAAAGUAAGUACUUGAUAAUAUCUCGUUAAAUCAUGGCGUCUUUAAUUAUGCUCUUGCGUGCUCUCACCUCCAGCUAGGGUUUUGCUGUUUAAAAAGAUUUUUGUUUUAAAAAUGCCCUCCUGUUUAAAAUUUUUCUUUCCCCAGAUAAUUGUGAUUUUAAGCUUACCAAUGAUGAAAACAUGCAUAUAGGACAAUUUUGAAAUUUGGCCAAAUUGGGGGUGUCAGAGCGGAACUUCAAGUCACCUGAGUGUUUUCCGCCAUAUAAAUAUCAGUCUUUGAACUUGAAUAUGAUGAAGUUUCUUUCCACAGGAGUGCACUUUCACAAAUGUUUUUUGUAAAACCGAUUCUAAAGCAAAAGAUGCUUUUAAUACUGUUGAUUUUAACAGAGGCGCCCAACGCAGAUGAAGUACUAGCUGCUUAUAUAGAUACAAUAGCCAGAUGUAAUAAUACGACUUAUUGUCGUACUAUUCCAUGCAUCCAUCAUUUACCGCUUAAUUCUGGGUCGGGUCGCGGAGGCAGCAGAAGACAGACGUAAUUUAUUGUUUUACUAACCUGGAUUUGACUGGUUAGAUGACUGGCGCAGCGUGUCAAAUACGCGGCACCUAGCUAUGCACUACUCGGCACUUGUAUUCCGUGAAGCUGGAGGUGUUUAAUCAUAUUGGUCAUUCAGCCACCUUAGCAUGAUGUAGCUGUUGCAAAUGUUGCGCUGAGCUGACUGGUCUUUUUUUUUUGUAAAAUUGAGCCAAAUUUUUAAGCGCCGCCGCACCGUGUCCAUGGUUGAAAUCAAGUUGCAAUGCACAAACACAUGCUUCAUGUGGCUUCUUCUUCGUGGUAUUGGGCAGCUAUCUUUUUUCCGAUCGGCGGUCAGGGCACCGAAACAUGGAAUCGAAAUUUUAAAAUUCGGAGUGUUAGUCCCGGAUCCCAUCGGUGCUCGAUGCCCAACCCUACUUUUCGGUGUAAAAAAUGUGAAUGAACAAAUUCAAACUAAAAUGUAUAUUUGGCAGCAGUGUGUGCUUUGUGAAAAAGCAAGAUGUACAGAAGUUGUUUCUUACCACAGAAAUAGAAAAAGUCAAAGGCUUAUUUUUUAUUUUGUUUACAAAAUGCCUAAAAUUGUGAAAAAAAAGAAAAAUCUUUUCGCCUAUGUGAAUAAAAAUCUGCUUUUAUGACAUUCGGGGAUGCUGGUUUAUGUGCAUUUCAUUCCUUAAAAAAAAUUGACAAAUUUAAAAGAAAAAGUUGAUAGAAAAAAAAGAAAAUACAAACUAGAGGAGCACUCUGAAAGACCAGACUUUCGCCUAAACAGUUUUGUUUCUUAUCAUAUCACCCACCCAGCAAAUGUGAAGUAAAUAGACUAAUCUGUUGUCAAAUUAUUGAGAAAUUUAUUUUCUGAUCUCUGUGAACCCUUUUGGCAUCAUUACCCCCAAAUUUAAUCACCUCUUCUGUUUCAUAUUACAAACAUCUUGCAAUCGUGAUAAUCCCUUUAUUCUUUGGUUAUUUUGAACACAAACAGACACGGAUCCAAAUACAUAGGCGAAGGUAAUAAAAGGAUCAAGAGUCAAAGUUGAAAUGGAAGCAUAAUCAUAAUGAAACCACAAUGUAACCAAAGAGUCGCUUUUAUGUUAAUCGUCUGGCUUUUUUUGCAGUGUGGGUCAAGUUCGGCUUGAAAGACGUCAUUGUUCUCAGGACGAGUGAAGGUGCUCUCUUGCUCGCUCCUGCUGUCCCUCACGAACUGUACUUCAGCUUCGAAUUGAUUACUAUUAUUUUUUUUGUUUUAAAUAUUCAUCUGUUGACCCACUUGGAAUGCUAAACCAAUGCCCUCAACUCCAUGUCUGCAUUCCAGCCGAAAACCGUCGUCCUGAAACUGCGGGCUGGGAAAGGCAAACAGUGUCGCUAUGGCAACUGCUUCUCACUGGGAACACUUUUGACACUAAGGGCAAUGACCAUUGCUAAUUAUUGUCAUUAACUCAUUGCCUGCCAUUGAUAGCAAAAGACGUCUGGAAGGACUG